AUGAGAAAGCGCACGCAGCCAGCCGUAGUCAGAGCAGGCUGCACGCACACCUGUGCCUCUCUCCAUCCUGACAAUUGCACUCUAAAAGUGAAGCUUGGUGCGGCGCCAGUGACGGCGCUUCUCGUUCCACUUGAUGCGGUUGCCCGUGCGAAGGCGAAUCCAGUACGGCACAGGCCUGUUCUGGUUCAGCUUCUUCGCAUACUUCUUCUUGACUGCGAGUGGCUUGAAACGACCCAUGGCGUAAUGCUGUCUUUCGCGUCUCCUGAGUUGUGUCUCCCCGGUCCCUUUCCACCUUUUUGUUGUUGUUUUUGUGUGUGA